CCGUUAGGUGCAGUAAACGGUUGAUAUCAUUGACCGUUUAUUAAAAGGUUGUUAUUCAACAUUACCAUCGAUAUGAUGGAGAGAGACAGGAGUUUUAACUUCAAACUGUUAGUACCUCCCAGGGUGAAUAAUGGACAGGUAUCUGCUGUUCGACCUCAGGAAAUCGUGAAGAAUUGUGGUGAUUUCAUGAAUACAUUGCAGCAGGGUUACAGUAAAUGUUUUGACACAGAGCAGAUGCCUUUCCCCAGUACCAGCAUGGUUGCACCAGCUAAACCAACCAGACAAGAGUUCUCCAAGAUUAAAGUCGUGCCACCAAUGGAAAAAGAUGAGAAGAAUACCAAUCCUGGACAGCUUUAUUCCAAGCUGUUUGAUGAAGUUGAGAAAAUUAAGUGUUGGAAGGUCGAAGUUGACACUGAUACUGUGCAAAAGGAAAGGAGACUACAAGAAAACAAAAGAACAAUUGAAACUCAGCGCAAAGCCAUUCAAGAAUUGCAGUUUGGAAAUGAAAGUCUCAGUGUAAAGCUCGAGGAACAGAUGAGUGAAAAUGAGGAUUUGAGAAACAAAAACAAUGCAACAAGGAACUUGUGUAAUAUCCUCAAAGAUACUUUCCAGAGGUCAGCUGACAAAAUGCAUUUAUUUGAAUCUGAAAGAGAAGAAACACAUCACCUCUUUAUGGAAAAUAGUGAAAGUAUUCAGAAACUAACUGCAGCACUCGAAAGCCUUCGUUUUCAAGCAGAAGCUGAUCAACAAGAGAUGCAUAAAGUCAAAGAGGGCUUGCUGCAGUUUGACGAUCUAAAAGAGAAAUAUCGUCAAGAAUAUAACUUGAAAGAGAAAGAGGUUGCAGUGCUUCAAACAAAACUCAAGGAUAAGGAAAGUGAGCUGCAAAAAAUCCUGCUUGACAUCCAUGAAACCCAAAAGCACUGCAAACAGCUUCAAGAAGCAACAAAUGAACAAUAUGAACUUCUCAAAAGUUCAAAAACUGAACAGGAAUCCCUUCUUCAAGAACUGCACACUGCAGUGCAGCGCUGUAAGGAAACUGAGAAAAAUCGUGAAGCUGUUGCUGCAAUGCUGGAACAAUGUAAAGAAGAAUAUGCAGAGAUUAUUCAAAGCAAAGACUUAAACUUAGAGGAGCUCAGCAGAGUUAAAAAUCAACAAGCAGAGAAGUUGGAGCAGAUUCAGACAACUGUUCAAGAGCUACAGGAUUCACUUGCUUUAGAGAUACAGAGGACCAAGGAACUGGAGGAUCAACUCAUGGCAAACAGCAAGGAACUUGAAAGAAGGAGCACACUUUUAGGAGAGACCAUGGAGGAGAGUGCAAAGAAAGAUGGGCAGAUCAAAUUCCUUGAAGAUGAACUGGACAGAAACUCAAAAUCCUUUGAGUCCAUGAAGGGUAAGAUUGAUGUCACUGAAGUCAGAGUGGAGGAACUCACAGCUGAGCUUUCAAGGAAAACUAAAGAAGCCCAGCUAUUAAAGAAUGAAGCAGAGGUUGCCUUUGCUGAAAAUGAUCUACUGAAGAAGACUUGUGAAUCUGCUGAAAAGGCUAUGGAAGAUUUAAAGGAGAUGUCCACAGUGACAGGGACCAAAGUGCAGGAGCUGGAGGAACGGUUGUUUACUGAAAUGAAGAAAAACAAAGAACACACCUUUGAGAUGGAGCAACUGAGGAAAGACAUUAUGCAGCAUGAAGUACACUACAAAGAGCUGUUAUCCAACUUUAAUGCGCUGCAGUCUGAGAAGACAGCCAUUCAACAGCAGUUUAAGAGUGGAUCUUCUACUGUGAGGGCUAUUGAGGCAAACAUGAAGGCAAGUGAGGAGAAGGCGGUGAAGCUCACAAGCGAAAUUCAAAGACUAGAAAAAGAAAACCAAUGUUUACGAGAGGAAAUAACUUCUAUUCAGACCAAAAUCCAAGGGGAAUAUCAGGAAGCUGAGACUCUGCAGAAGAAAAUGGAAGAAAAUUGUGAACAUCAGCAGAAGGAAAUUGCAGAAAAAGAAAAACAAAUAAAAGCUGUGGAAACAAAGCUCUGCAAUUUCAGGAAAAAAAUUGAAAUCAAACUUAAAGCCCAGGAGGAAUGCCAGAAAGAGAAUAAAAAGCUUAACAAACAAAUAGCAAAGGAAAUUGCAAAAUCCAGUCAACUUGAAAUUGUGAUCAACAGUCUUCACAAGGAGUCUGAAAACUUGAAAAGACUGAAUGAGGAAGACCAUCAGAAAUUGCUUAAGGAUCUUGAGUCCAAAUCAAUCUUUGCGGCAGAGCUUGACAAUGAGGUAAAAAAGCUCAGAACAACAGCAACGGAGGCCAUUAAGAAAAAGGAAGAUACAGAACUCAAGUGUCAACACAAGAUAGCAGAUAUGGUUGCACUGAUGGAAAAACAUAAGAGCCAGUAUGACCGAAUGGUUGAGGAAAAAGAUGCAGAGCUGUCUGAGAACAAGAAGAAAGAGAUGGAGGUUGUUGCCUAUCGGAAAUCACUGGAGUUGGAUCUCUUGACGCAUAAGAACGAUAAUGAUCAGCUGAAGAUACAGCUGAAGACACAAGUGACAGAGAAGGAAAACCUGAAGAAGGAACUAACUGAUUUGAAAAAAAAAAUGUCAUCAAUGAAAAUCACUCAGCUUCCAGAAGUAAUGAAGAAGCAGUCACCUGCCAUAAACUGCAAACAGGGGAGGUGUUCAGAGACUCCAAAAGAGAGACAGAUAUUUGACUUCUCUAGGACCAAGAAAACUCCCUCCUACAGCAAAGAUGAUGGGAGAACUGCAGUUACGAAGAAAACUGAAUCUGACUCUGAAUCCAUCAGAACAUCACGUGGAACAACACCAAAGACCAAGGAUAUUCACGAUGAAGACCUGAAAACCCCAAGAAGAACUACAAACAGGGUUGGCGGAACAUCAAAGAUCAAAUCUUAUAGAAUAAGGACACCCCCUUCUGAUCCUGCAGCACGCUGGAGAGAGAGUGCCAUAGAGCUUGACCCCAAGUCUGACAGCUCAGAUCAAAAUGAUAUCUUGAGCUUUACAGGUGCACCCGCACCCAAUAUUUCUGCUCCACGUUGCAAACUCAACAUCUUCAAAAAGAAGCAGAGCCCUGUCACUAAUAAAUCACCAGGAAACCUCUUGAAGCUAGCUGCGAUGAAAAGAAUGAGAGAUGCGGGUUGGACUGCUGUUACUGGCUGUGACCAGAAAAAGAAGAAGACCAAUGAGAAGAUCUUUGCGUAA